AUGUUCUCCGCACGUAGGACUCCUUCUUCGGGUCCCUCCUCGGACUCCGAGCUGGAUACUCUCCCGGCUCGCGCAGGUCAACAACGAGGCCUUACUUCUGCAAUUGCGCAUGAGCUCAAUGGUGGACGUCGGCUCCGGCCUCCAAGACCCUGCUCCCCGUCGCCAUUCGAUUCACCAACUUCGAAUCACAAGAGCUCCGCUGCCGCUAGAGAUGCCAUGAAGAUACAAGACCUCAUGGAAAACAUCUACGUGACGUGGGAUCCACCAGAUCACCGCAUCUCGGCAUGGGGCACGCCCACUCGGCGGUCUUCUCGUCGCAAAGGAGAAGAUAAUGACGAGGAGGAGGAUGACUUCGUUAGCCAUGGCAAUCGCCCGCAACGUAUACGCUGCGUAGACAAUGAUCCGGUACGGCGGUUUCUCGCCGCUGAAUUCUACAAGAUGGCCGACCGUCCAGCUAGUCAGUCUACCGCGUCUGGCUCUGCAUCACCUCCAGGCUUUCGCUCCGCAAGCCCAACGCCAUGUUCUAGCAAAAGAACGGCUAGCACAUUGGAGGAGCAAGACAAGGCCCUCGACGCAUUCACGGACAAUGAUGGAGGAGACCGGCCAAGCACUAGGCUAACCCCUGAGAUGGAUGAAUGGGAGCCUUUCGGAAACAUGUCGGCUUCGAGUGGACGCUCUGCAAAGCGUGCCAAAAGACUCGGGGUAGACUCGGACAGUGAGUAUUUCACGAAAUACCAAUGGGAAGAGGAACCCACCUUAGCUACUUGGCUUUGGGAGUUUUUUGUCUGA